AUGGCGCGGACGGGCUGGCGUUACACAAACGCCGUUCGUACUGUACAUAAAAAAGUCCGUCUGGUGCUUCCCGGAAGAUGCCGUCAUCAAAACGGCGCUUUCCAAACGGAUAAGUGUAGGGUUUCGGUGCGGGUCCAUUCUCUCGGCCGACAAAAUAAAGGAAAAGGAGGUCUACCCCUUCGAGCGCCGCAAGAGCUGUCAAGGGCAGAGCUAUGGCGAUGCUGGAGGCGGGAGGCGGCAGGAUUCGAGUUUCCAGCAGAUCCAAUCGACAGAUUUCCAUUGCCGGAUCUCGCCGUGGCUGAAUACUUGCUGUGCGACGAAGUAAAUCAAUCUCUGCUGUGCGCGGUCGCUCAAUAUAGCAAUAGUGGUGCCGGCGAGACGGCAACAGUACAACAAAAAUUUGACCACAGUUCCAAAAGGGGUGCCCUGUCGAAUUCAGAGCAGUCGACAGACAAAGACGAUGGACAAGCACCUGACUCGUCGAGCAGGUUUCAGUUGCCAGAGGUCACCAUCUGUCAACAGUCAGUGAACGGCGAAGCAAGCCAAGCUUUGGUAUGCACUGCCGCUGAAUCCAGCAUUGGUGAUGUGGGUGAUCCACCGCCCACAAUGCAAGUAGACAUCAACAACACUUGCAAUGGAAUGGCCCUGUCCCUUCCGACCUCAGAACAAUCGACAGGCAAAGACGAUCCUCAAGCACCUGGCUGGACCAAAAGGUAUACAAUUAUGGAUGUGUGUUUCUGUUUCAAGGAUAUGACAAUUUUGAGUGGGCUGUAUAUUUAUAUUCCUCCAAAUUCACUGACAAGUACUGAUUUUCCUGUAAAGUACAAGGCUGCUGCUAGACGUCUAUACGUUAUGUUUUGUGAUUACACACUAUUAACAGAGUAGCAGGGUUAGUGCGUUGGAAAAAACAUUUAGAACAUAUGCAGAGAAGAAGACUGACACAGUCGUGGUUCCAGCAACAGGCAUCAACUUUGAUUCACUUGGAGAACCAUAUGAUUACUAAAAUCUGUAUUCCUGGGAGGUUGGAUUUGGAAUAAGCUAUGGCAAGAGCAGGCUUAAUGUUGAAAGAACAAAAUGCAUGCACGAGAUAGUAUGCUGCUGCUCUGUAAGUACUGUUUUCAAUUCACUGUAAUAUAUCAGAAAAUAUAUGCACCACCAGCACGCCGCCGGGGUCGCCACCGCGCCGUCCCGCGGGAAUGACACGCUCCUCACGGCGGCCCUGCGGCCGCCACCUAGAUGGAAUGGGACUGCAAGACAAAAUUCAAGAAAACAAUACAAAAGAUAAAGAACCCAUUGCAGCAAUUGCACCCUUGAGCUGCUGUGGGAGUGACGCCGAAGGAAGUGCAGUUGGAAAUUUUGAAGGAUUAAAACAUCCAGAACGAAAACGAAAAACUGGUCGACCAACCACUAGCAGGGACAAGCCUCCAUAUCAUGAUCGAGGCGCAAAAAGCAAGAAGUACAAGCGAGCACCAAACGCAGAAGAUGCAAAUAGAUGUGGUACAAGUAAACGGACUCGCUUUUGCAGUAUACAUGCCGGAAAUCAGGGCACAAGAGCAGCACAUGCCCCGUCCGAGGAGAUCUUCCUCAGAAGGAAAGGAAAGAGGCGAAAUGCUCAAACUGUGGUGUUGGUGGGCACAGGAGAAACACAUGCAACAAGCCAAAAGUUGUUCUGCAUAUGGUCGAGAAAAUAGUUGUGGAGACAAAAUUUCCUUUGUUUAUUUCCACAUUCUGUUGUUGAGGUUUCUGCAGCCAAAAAUAGAAAUUUGUGUAAUAAAACCUGUUGAAGAUACACUGCUAUCUGU